AUGUUGAAUCCUCCGAUCAUCAUUAUCAUCAUCCUAUCAUUAUUAUCAUCAUUACCAUCACCAUCCUCUUCCUUCAACCUCACCCAAUUUCCAGCCGAUGAUCCUUCCCAUUUCUACACAGUAGCUUCAUCCGAAUGUCAUUCUCUGGGUUUUGAUACAGAGAUUGACACUCACAGUCCGGUUACUCUGUUUGUACUGGACGAUGCUGCAUUUGCCAACGCCGCCAGCGCCGGAUACAAAGAGCUUCCAGUGGCAAACAAUUACUUUAUCUGGCAAUGCCACAUGAUAAGUGGCUUUUUCACCACCUCCUUCCUCACCCAAAAUGCCAAAGUUUGGCAUUCUCAGUCCACAGUGGGGACGGAAAUAAUAGGGGAUAACAAAUUUAUGCUCAACAUUAUUGUUUUCCCCAACGGCUCUGUCGAAGUCAGCAACACCGUGGUUCGAGCUAUCGUAACUCGGAAUAUCGUCAAUGAGAAUCCUAUUGCCAUUUAUGGGGUCUCAGAGGUAUUGCUUCCUUGA